AUGAUUCAGGGCAUCUUCUACGCGAGGUUCCUCCCGCAGGAGGGAACCAAAAUCGUGGCACAGUCUCCACCCGGCUGCAUCGUGGCCACGACAUACACGCCGCAUCUGAAGCCGCCGCUGGUCGACUUUGACAUCAUCCAGGAGUACAUCAUCCCGCGCAAGGCCUUUUUCAACCGGUUCAUGACCGUCAACUCGCCCGACGGGAAAUACAGCAUCCUGGGCUUUCCCGUGUCCAUCCCCAGCGAGCAGUACCACCGCAAUGAGUUCAUCUUCAAUUUCGGCCUGGUGGUCGAGGCCGACGUCGACCAGAUUCCCUACGAGAGGCUUGUACGCCGCCUCGCCGUCACCUUUGCCGAGAUGGAGCGCCAGAAUGGCUAUCUAAGCGCAGACGGCGGUGUCGACGAGGAUGGCAGGAGGCCUAUCGAGAGCUUGUUGGAAAUUGUCAAGGAGGACUUGAACAACUACGGAGAGUGCAUGAUUCCCGUCGACGAAGCCAACACCCUCAAUAUGAAGCUAUUCCCCUACCACCCGCCUCCUCCACCGGUCCACGGCUGGCACGUUCCGGUACCCAAGAUGAAGCUCGGCGACAUCGUGGACCCGACCUGGGAUCUUACCCUGCAAAAGAUAAUCCCGCACAUCGACGGCGUCAACGACGUGCGCCGCAUCGCCUGGCUGGCCGACGUGUCGCUGCCACUGACGCGGUGUGCGCUCCAGCACCUUCUGUAUUACGACACGGUCCUGCUACUGGACAUGUUCUUCUUUGGCAGCUGCUAUGCGCCCAGGCCCGGAGUGCACGACUUCAUUGCGAACCGGGAUGAGCUUGUGGAUGAGUGUGCUGGAUACGUAUGUGUAGUCGGAAACAAGCCCGGAGGGCCAGGUGACAGCGGAUGUGGCAGUGGAGGUGGAGGCCAGGACGGAACCGGGAGUCAUGACGUGCGCGGUAGAAGUGCCGUGGCUGAUGAUGAUGGUAAUAGCAACAGCAAGCGGGAGGCGACCAGCACAACAGCAGCUGCAGCAGGCAGAGUAGGGGGAGCAGGUGGAGGAGGAACGGGGACGGCCGUCACCAAGUACCAGCUCAUCAAGCUGAUGACGACAUUCUGCGUGGGCCGCAGCGUCAUGGAAUGGAUCAAGCUGCACCAGGACGCCGGCUUUGACGUGCUGCGAUAUAUCGACGUGCGGCGCCUGGUGCAGUUUGGCGUCAUCAAGGGCCUGCUGUACCGCGUGCACAAGUACGUCGUCUCCAAGCAGUACCUGUCGCUGCUGGCGACGGGCAAGCGUGUGGUCGAGAGCCAGGAGGGCGAGGGCGACGACGACGAGUCGCAGCGGCUGGUGAGGUACACGGAUGGGUGCCACUCCUUCGACCAGAUCAUCACCGAGCAGAACAUGACAGACGCGGACAUCUGCAACAAACUCAAGAGCUUCAAGCCGGGCGACCUGACCAUCUUCUACCGGUAG